AUCAAUAUUAUUAGUUGUAUAUGUUGACAAAUCGAAUAAAUUGAUCUAAAUUAAAGUAUUGUCGUUUAUUUUUUAAAUGUUGGCAACUUGCCGUAUGUCGCCAUAUUGAAUUUUGUUGUGCCUAAAAAACAUUGUGAGCACGUGGAUUGUUGGAUUAAUUUAAGCGAAAUUUGAUAGUUAAAUCAGUUACCACACCUAUUUGGAUUGUUGUCAGUUAUUUAAUUGAAAGUGGAAACAUUAUUUGUUUGAUAUCAAAAUUGUUAAAAGUGGCUCUUUACAAUGGCUCCAUGUCGCCAACUACUCAUGUGGUCAGUACCAUCUAUAGCAGUCUUAUUGGGGAUUUUUUGGUUCAGAAAAAAGAGAGAAUUUGCAAAAUCUGACCCAGGUGGAAGAGAAAGGAUAAAAAGUCUUAAAGAGGAGUUAGCUGAAGCAUUGAAUGGUGAAGCAGAAGAUAUAAAAGCUUCACCACUAAGCAAUACUGAUCGCUCCAUAGUAAAAUCUGCACCAAUCAAUAUUGUUCCUAAUGGUAGUGGUUCACAGCGGUCAUCCCCUCUGGAAUUAACCGAUGAAGAAGUUGAUAUAGAAAUAGAAAAGAUUAUAAGAAAGAAAUCCUUAGAAAAAGACAAAAAGAUGUCUUUCAAUGAAAAUCAUAUAGUGGUUAGCUCAUCUUCCAAGCAGCCUACUUUUGUUAUUAACAAGGCAGCAGCACCUUUCUUGUCACUUCAAACAGAAACAAAUUAUUCUAUAAAUGAUGUAGAUGCUUGUACCACAAAAAUAGUAAAUAGUGAUACAGCUAUAUUAAUAGAAAAUAACCACAAUAAGUCUGAAGAAAAUUAUCAAGAUGAUAGUUCAACAAAUAAUACUGUUGCAUCUGAAGUUGAUGCUGAUAAAGAAAGUACAGUGACAGACACAGAAGAUUUAAAUAUUAUUAAUAAUGUAGUAGAUGAACCUAGUGAUAGUAAUGAAAGUGAAAAUAGAUUUUCUGCACCGCAAACUAGACGUAUCUCAGAGAGAGAUUCUGCAAAUCACAGUCCAGUUGAUCCUAUGCUAGCUAGUCCAUCAAUGUGUCAUUUUUCAGAUAACCACAGUGAGGGCUCAAGUGACAGUGGUAAAGGAUGUUCAGAAGCAGCUAGCCCACCUCCAGCAAAUUUGAAUAUGAUCCCAUCUGAUACAGGGCUUAGAAUACAUCAAUUUAUAAUACCACAAACCUUAGUCGGUCUUUUAAUAGGAAAACAUGGCUCAUUUGUGGCCCAAAUUAAAGCCAAAACUGGUGCAAGUGUGUAUGUGAGAAGGCAUCCUGAUUCUGUUAAACAAAAGAUUUGUGCAGUAGAAGGAACUCAAAGUGAAAUAGAAGCAGCUUUAGAUGUGAUAAAAGAAAAAUUCCCAGAGAAAAGGUUUCCCAACUUUUGCAUGCAGGAAAUUAGUGCAGAAUUAUAUCAAAGACUGGCUCCAUUGGUACCAGAUUUCCUACAAUUGCAGCUUGUGGAGUCUGUGAACAAUGACACAAUAAUGACGUGCUUGGUGAGCGCGGGCCACUUCUUCCUGCAGCAACCACUGCACCCCACCUUCCCCUCACUACAUGCCCUUCACCGGCUUAUGGCCGCCACAUAUCAAAAUCCAGACGUACCGGCUUUGCCACGCCCUGUGAAAGAAGGGUCCAUAUGUGCUGCACCGACAGAAAACAAUUGGUAUCGUGCUCAAGUGAUAUCAACAUCUGAGGAGAAUGACACAUCUGUUGUGAAGCUGGUGGACUUUGGUGGAUACCUCACAGUGGACAAUGACCAGCUCAAACAGAUCCGUUCUGAUUUCAUGACUCUGCCUUUCCAGGCAACAGAAGCCCUUCUGGCGUUCGUGAAACCAGCGAAAAAUGAACCAGAGUGGAGUAAUGAGGCAUUACGCAUCAUGGCAGGACUGACCGCGGGUCAGCUUCUACACGCACAAGUCGCCGGUUACGACGAGUGCGGCCUUCCAUUAGUACAUCUUUACCUCACCUUAAAUCCACAGCAAGUGAUAUUUCUGAAUAGAGAGUUAGUGGACCGCGGCCUAGCGGAGUGGGACAUGCCGGUGGACUCGUGAGCGACGUCCCGCAGCUUGCACUCCGCUCCCGCUACUUACUUACGACUUAAUUUUAAUUUGACGCUGAUUAGCAUAAUGGGAUUGCAUUUCAAAUAUGUACAUAAACAUUAAUUUCACUACUAAACUAAGCGCUGGUAGUGCAUUAUCGAGAUGUUAAACUUAACUCUCAAUUGUUUUUAUUUUUAUGAGUUGUCUUAUUAGUUCUUAAAUUAAUAAAUGUUUACGUUCAGUUUACAAUUUGAUUUUAGAUGUAUAGUUGAUCAAGCAGAUCCUUAUUAGGUUGCCUACAUAAAUACUAAAUUCAACGACUGUAGGAAUAUGUACACCUUACAUACGUUCCGAUACUUUUAAAUUUGCGUGUUCCUUAAUUUUAUGUUACUAUUAUAUUACAUCGUUUUGUCUAAGCUCCCACAAUAGUAACGAAGACAUGCAAU